AUGGAACCGAGCAGGGGCGUCAUGCUGAGCAUGUCGUCGUCGGGGUCGGAGAGGUCGGUCUCUGAGGCAUCACAUUCAUCGUACCAGGCGGCGGAGCGAGGGGGGAGGAGGUACAGGGGGGUCCGGCAGCGGCCGUGGGGGAAGUGGGCGGCGGAGAUAAGGGACCCGCACAAGGCCGCCCGCGUCUGGCUCGGCACCUUCGAGACCGCAGAGGCCGCCGCUCGCGCCUACGACGAGGCCGCCCUCCGCUUCCGCGGCAAGAGGGCGAAGCUCAACUUCCCGGAGAAUGUCCGCCUGAUGCCGCCGGAGCCAGUUCCUCCGGGGAGUUUCUUAAUCCCCCAGAACACGCCGGCGGCGCUCGUUACGACGGCCUCCCAGACGGCGGCGCUUCCAUUCACCACGUUCCCCGCCACCGACAUGAGGGACUACCUGGAGUAUUCGAGGAUUCUGCAGGGCUCCGGCGAUCUCCAGAGACAGCCCGUCAGCCUUCUGGACCAGAUCUUGUAUUCUCCUUCACCGUCGCUGGGUUCUUCGCCUCCCACGGCGGACACCUCUGCGCCGGCCUCUUCGUCCUCCUCGUUUCCCCUGCUCUACGCCGAGCAUCAGCGGCGGCGGCAGCAGCAGCAGCAGCAGCUUCGGCAGUUGCAGCUGCAGCAGCACCGGCAGCUGGGCUACACAACACCGCCGGAGCACCGGGGGGACGGCGGAGGGCCGGACUCCCUCCCCGGCGGCUUUCCUCCUCCUCCCUCAACCUAG